AUGGCGCUUUACUCACCACCGCCGCGGCUGCAUUCCUUCAAGGAGGACAAGCCGACGCUCCUGGUCUGUUGGUGGAUAACCUUGUUCUGCGCCACCAUCAUACUACUGCGCAUAGUUGGCCGUUUCAUACGAUCAGAAAAGCUGUUCAAGGAGGACAAGGUCGCAGCGUUCGCCAUCAUACCGCUAUUCCUACGCAUGGCCUUGGUCCAGGUCAUCCUGGUUUACGGCACAAACAACGCCGAGUUGCCCUUGGACCUCAGCGAGGAAGAAAUUCGGAGGAAAUCUAUAGGCAGCGGGUUGGUGCUUGUCACUCGGAUACUCUAUGCGACAACACUCUGGAUCUUGAAGACCGCCAUUCUUGAAUUCUUCAAGAGACUCACAAGCACCUCGUGGAAACGAUCCUCCGAGAUCACGUUGACCAUCAUUAGAUGCACUCUGGGUGUUACUUUUGUUGGGGUUGUGAUAUCCGAUCUUGCGGAAUGUCAACCCUUUCAUAACUACUAUCAGGUAUUACCUGAUCCUGGCGGACAAUGCCGGCAAGGAUAUGCCCAGCUCCUGACCAUGGCUGUCUGCAACAUCAUUACCGACCUGCUGCUUGUUAUAUUCCCCGUGUCGAUCAUCCUGAGAAGCCACAUGCCCAAGAAGAGGAAAGUUCAGCUCACGCUGUUAUUUUCGCUUAGCCUGUGUGUGGUGGGGACGACGGCAUAUCGCGUCCCUCACAUUAUACGGCAGAACGGCGAUCAACAAGUCCGAUCGCUGUUGGCCUCAGUCGAGCUGCUCUUCGCAACCGCAGCCGCAAAUGCGCUGGUCCUAGGGUCAUUCGUCCGCGACCGCGGUGUGAAGAAGGUGAAAUUCAGAUACGGGUCAAUCACCGGCGAAUCUGUCGACAUCUCCUCCGCAAGAUCACAACGGCGGCCGACAAUGCGGAACUUGGGCAGCGACGAAGACCUGAUACGGGCCCUGGGCCUUUCAGCAGACCGCCAAUUGCGCUACAAAAACGGCGACGACCCAGAGGGAGAGCACCGCUUUACGCCUGCUCCGAUAGCCAAGUUGCCUGACGACAUGAAGAACUGGCAGUUUCCUAAACGCCAGCGCAGUGGUGCCGAACGGAGCGAUGACUCUUUGCUGGCGCCAGAUCAAGCAGUAUCUCGGACUACCACCAAUAACACUCCCCGAAGAGUCUCGUUCUUCGACGUCGGUGGACUGCUUGAAGAUGGCGUAGCAAGAAGCUUUCGAGACAGCUAUACCUCAAGUAUUGACCCCUUGUCGCCAGUUUCACCACAUAGCAUAUUAUCGCCACACAGUCUGCCUACGCCUACGGUGCCGGCCAGCAACACUGGCCUUCGACGCGGUUCUCAGGCAUUCCUACAAGACAUGGGAGGGCUUUUGAGCCCAACACCUUCAAGAACCACAAGAUCCAGCUCCAACAUCAGCCCAACGACGACAGAGCUCCAGACCAUUACGCACCCUCGACGAGGGCCCGCGUUCGAGCCGCAAAGUUUCAAGAGUCACCCUGAACUGCGGGAUCCCGGCGGCUUACUGCGAUGA